CGAAGUAUCGAGUUCGGUUGAACCACGUGACCUCCGAUUGCUUCGCUACUUUCCUCUGGCACCGCGGAAGUUGUCGACCCUGGGAGCAGGGAUGACUCCCCGGCCCUGGUAUGCUCCCUUCUCUGUCGUCUAGUCGGUCUUGAUGUCACCGGAAGACACGGAAGGUACACCAGAACAUCUUUCCGAGGAAUAGAGAGAGAGAUCCGCGCCAGUUUUCACCUCGCGGAAGUGCGUUCAAACCGACGGGAAUCUUGGCGACAUUUUGGAGGGUGAAAAGUUGAGGACCGAGCCGUUGGCCCGAACCCGCGGCACAGGAGUUCACUUCCACGUCUUCUGUUGGUACUACAAACACACAGGACGCCUCCAAACACCAUAGGGACAUCUGGCAGCCGUGGACAGGUAUCUACUGUCUCUGUGAAAAGGGGGUCUGUUCGUGAAAUUGAGCGAUCGGGACGUGUGAAACUGCGAGUUGAUCUCAACUGGUUUUGGCUCUGUUUUCAAACCCCCUAUUUUGAACUGUUGACUGAGUUUGUAGACAACGUGAAAUCGCUGUAGGACAGAGUCGCGAUCAGAUACUGCUGAUCGGCGCCAGUUGAAGAUCUAGGCGUGAGGAACUCGCCUCCGCCUUGUUAUAAUCUUGAGAUUUUUGAAAGGAAGGGAAGGAAAGAGAUCUGAGAUCGCCAUGCCUUCCAAGAAAAAAGACUACGACCUUGUCGAGGACGGUUACGACUCGAGGAUACCUCUGCACAACGAGGAAGCUUUCCAACAUGGAAUUAUCUUCCAAGCCAAGUACAUCGGGACCCUGGAUGUGCCCAGACCCAGCAGUCGGGUGGAGAUUGUGGCGGCCAUGAGGAGAAUACGGUAUGAGUUUAAAGCCAAGGCCAUCAAGAAGAAGAAAGUCAACAUCACCAUCUCAGUGGACGGUGUGAAGUGUGCAUUAAGGAAGAAGAAAAAGCAUCUAUUGAAGAAGCAGUGGACCUGGGACGAGAGCAAGCUGCUGCUGAUGUCACACCCCAUCUACAGAAUAUUCUACGUGUCACAUGACUCCCAGGAUCUGAAGAUCUUCAGCUACAUCUGUCGAGACGGCCCCAACAAUGUCUUCAAGUGUAACGUCUUCAAGGCCAACAAAAAGAGCCAAGCCAUGCGUAUUGUGCGGACGAUCGGCCAGGCGUUUGAGGUGUGCCACAAGCUGAGUCUGCUCCAUGCAGCGGCACAGGGUGACGGACAGGCAGACGGGGAGAGUGACAAGGCAGAGGAACACAGCCCAGGUCACCGAACGGUUGAUGGGAGCAAUGCAGUGGACGAAGACGAGCAUGUUGGAGAGACUGACAUCGAUGCUGAGGAGAUACUGACAACAGAUUACGCCACGCCUGCCUCGCGUGGGGUCACCGACCUUGACAAGCACUUUGAGGCCAGGAAAGUGUGUGGAGAGAAUCUGUUUUCUGUCUCCCCUUCUGUGUGUUUGUCCAACUCUCCUGUGCAGAUAUAUGAGUUCUUCUUACCUGAGGAGGGUGCGACGCUGUCCUCUCCACUCCACACCCCCUACAUGAACCUUCCCCAGGGGGCAGGGGACAGCCAGGUGUCGUCCACGCCCCUCAGCAUGCACCACCAGGUGCAGCUGUUACAGCAGCAGCUCCAGCAGCAGCAGCAGCAGACACAGGUGGCCAUCGCACAAGUGCACCUGCUCAAGGACCAGCUGGCAGCAGAGACGGCAGCCAGGAUAGAGGCUCAGGCACGUACCCACCAGCUGCUCCUGCAGAACAGAGACCUGCUGCAGCACGUCGGCACGCUGGUCGCUAACGUACAGGACCUGGAGACGCAGCUCACGGGCCAGAGCUACAGCGAGACCAUCCCGCCCCUCUCUACCCCCCACCCUUCCAACGACCCUCCCCUCCCAGACACAAACACCCCCGCCCCAGGGGUAGUCAUCCUCCCCGAGUUUCAGGACGUAGAGGACGCUCAGCAGGGGGGAAUUUCAUCCCAUGUACCAGGGAUGUUCGAAAACACCAGCUUAGGUAUUCAACCUCUUGUAAAAGAGCACGCUAGUAAAGAACUCCUAUGUGACGGUGACUCCAGUCAUGUACCCUCCAGCCCUGUUAAGGUGGGAGCAAAGGACGAGUCCUCCUUCCUGUUGGACUUGGACAGUGAUUCUGGGAUCAACGGCAACACCUCCGAGGUUGAGAGUGACAGGAAAGAGCUGUCAAACGAGUCCCUGAUUUCCAAGCCCCGACCGGAGCCAAAGAAAACAGUGUUACACACGUCAGCAGGGCCAGACGGGAAGCUCAAAGUCCUUGUACCACUUCCGCAAGAAGGGUCAUUAGAUGGAAGCCAAGAAUUCAACAUUGCGCCCAAAAUAGACCCUCCUCCCAAGUCCAAACGCAGCAGGAAUUCAUUGAAAACCACGCAGGAUCUGAUGGUUCCGGAGGGUGAGCUUGCAUCGGAGCAACAGGGAGCAGAGAGCGCGGAGGCAAACGGAUCCGAGUCGGAGUCGGCCAUUUCACCGAGCGAGUCGAGCGGGUUCGGCAGCAGCCAGAGCAAGUCGCCAAGCUUUGAGAACGACGGAAACUUGAACGAUUUGAGUUCGAGCCCGAGAAAGGGUCAGAAGCUGGGUCUGAAUGAGAUGAAGCUCCACAUCAGCUUCUCGGACGACGAGAACACGGAACUGUCGGAGGAUUCAGGGGUUCCGAGGGACAGAGAUUCAGGAGGAUUCAGACAAACCCAGACCAUGGAGUCGUUGGGUUUUGAAGACUUUGAUCCAUUUAAUUGAUGUAGAAAGAUAGCAACUUAAGGUCAUUUUAGCUUUUUUAAAGGUUUUUAACAAUAAGACUACUGAAACAUAAAAAGUCACCAACACAUCAGGAAGACAGCUUUUUUAAGUGUUGAUCUGCAAAGUCUGAAAUUGGUAGGACAAAUUUCCAAUAUUGUGACGACCUGUUAGAUAUGAUGACAAGUUCUACAUGGAUUUGGUGAGAUGCUUGCAGUGUAUGUAAUAUUUAUCAUGGUAUUGAGGAAAUACGCUGUUAUUGGGCAGUACCCGACUAAUCAAGACCUCUAUUUGUGCCGUCAGUACCUGAUGUUUUGGUGACUUGGUUUGGGAUUUGUUUUGUACAGUAAUGGAGUGAAUCAUGUCCCUUAAAUCUUUGAUUUGAUUUUCCUGAAGAUAACUUAUUAAGGUAGACAGGUAAAAGGGGACUUAGCAACCACUGUACUUAACAUCAACACAAUGCUGAAGUUGUCACUGCAAUUAGUUUUUUAAUCAAGGCACAUUUUGAUUGACCACUUCCAUAUAUAGAGAUGACUUACCAUGUAAGAACCUUUACUGAAGCUGAGAGUGUUGAACAAUUUGUAUAGAUUCUGAUAAAUACUUUUGUAGAUGGCAGGUUAAGGAAUUUUGUGUUGUAUCAUGCAUGCAGUAAUCUGUGGCCAUAAUUUCUGUGGUGAUUGUCUCGGGGAGGGCAAACAGAUAUUUGAUAUUUUUUGAAACUGUGUUUGGUCUUACCACUGUAUAGAUCAUUUUUCAGAUCAUGAGAAUUUGUAGUAUUCUAAUUAUUUAGGCUCCAUGAAUUGAAUGAUCUGGUGUCUGUUAAUUCUAAAGAGGAAACAAAAUUUGGACGCACCUUCAG